AUGGAAUUCCUAAGCAAUAUAUAUGAUAAAGUUUUAUCAGGUUAUGUAUUUACCGAUGUGUUUAAAUAUAAAACAUGGCAAGAGAAUAUUAUAGGAAAAGACAGAAAUAAUAACAGCAAUAGUAGCAACAAUAAUAAUAGUAAUAAUAACAAUAUUAAUAGUAGCAAUAAUAACAAUAAUAAUAAUAACAGUAGUACCAGUAAUAAUGAUGCUAAUUAUGUAAAAAAGAAUUUGGAAGAAAUAUUAGGAACAUUUUUAAAGAAUGGGAAAAUAUCCCAUUCUUUAUGGGCUCAACAUAAAAUGUUUAUAGGAGAUGAAGGUAUAUAUCUCUUAGGAGAAGUUAUAACCAUAUGUCAAAUAGUAGAGUUUAUAGAUUCAGAUGAUAUUGAAGAAGUAAAAAGUAAUGAAGAAUUUAAAAAAAACAUCUUAGAAGAAUUAAAUAGAAGGAUACUUUUAAAAAAAAAAACCGAAAUGUUAGAAGAAAAAAUCAUUUCAAAUAUAUCUAUGUGUAAUAACAAUGGUAAUUUCGAUGAUUUUGAUGAUGAUGACCAUGGCGGAGGUGGCGGAGGGAAAGAAAAUGAAGAAGAAGAAGAUGAUGAUAAUAAUAAUAAUAACAGUAACAAUAACGAUAAUGAUAAUGAUAGUAUUAAUAAAAAUGAUAGUAAUAAUAACAAUAGUAAUAGUAGACACAAUAAGAGUAAUAAUCAUAACAAAAGUAAUAAUAAUAAUAAUAAUAGUACGAAUAAUGGUACUAAUGAUAGUAAUAAUAAAGAUAAAACAAAAAUAGGUGAUAAGAGUGUGGUGUCAAAUUUCGUUGAAAUGCUGUGUGCAGGAAAAACGAAUAAAUUUGGUUUUUGUGAAUAUGAUCAAAAAUUUAAUAAUAAAUAUAUUUUAAAUAAUAGUAGUAAUGAUCGUAAAUCUUCGAAAUCUGUAGAGCAUUGUAUAUUACCAUUUAGUGAGGAUUACGAACAUAAAUAUGUUUGCUUAUUACUUAAUCAUUCUGGAACACAAGAAGCUAGAAUAUUACGUUUUAGUAAAGAUUGUAUUAAUACAAACAAAUUAUUAGAUACAUUAAAAGGAACAGUAAUAUUCUUAAAUGAACUUCGAUUCUUAUUUAAAUUUUUCAGAUCACAAGUUGUUUUAAAAAAUAGAAUUUACGGAGAAUUUUGUGCAUAUAUUAAAUUUCAUAGGAGUGAUCCGAAUUUUAGUGGAACUAAAGCCAUGAAUGAAUUUUUUAAUUCCUUAAAUGAUAGUGCUUUGAAGCAAUUAUUUUUUGGUUUAAAUGAACAGAAUUUAAAUUUAUUAGAAGAAGCUAUUUCAUAUUGCCCCAUUGCAACCUAUUCAUUUUUUAAAAAUAUAAAACUUCUUAAAAAAAUAAAUGUGAAUGCUACUAGACGAACAUGGAAAGCAGUUUGUGGCUUGCAAAGGUUAUAUAAAAAUUUAAAAAAAGUAAAGGAGAAAUUGUCUUUAGAAGAAACGAGAUUCAAUUCGAAUGAACAUAUUAGCUUAUCACCCAACAGACAUAGCCCCGUGAAUAACGAAGACACGUUGCUAUUGCGUCCACAAGGUAACAAUAUAAAUUCGAACGAAAUGAAAUUAAUGCAUACAAAAGAGUUAAAUUUUAAACGUAGUAGUAUUGUUAGUGCUACAACCAAUAACAAUAAUAGUAAUUACAACAGUAGUACCAAUAGCAACUAUGGUAUUACUAUAGGCAAUAAAAAAGUUAAGAACGAUUUACUUUCUGAACAUUCAGAUAAUAAAGAAUAUUAUUAUGAUAAAAUAUGUAAUAAUUCAUUAGAUUUAUAUAAUGAAGAAAAAAUAUCUAAAAAUUAUGAAAUAAAUAAAUUAAAUAACACUUGUUUAUAUAUUACCUCAGACGAAGAGAGCUUACAUAUUGGAAGAAAUAAUUUAAACGCGAAAAAUGAAUUAGUGGAAACAAGGGAAAUGAUAGACAAUAAUAAUAGGACAUUAUAUGAUGAACACAAUAAAAUGGUAAUAGAUGAUAAUUAUAAAACUACGAAUGAAAUAGGCAAAACAUUAAAUGAAAGUAAACUAGUUAGAGAGAAUUCUUUAGAUGAUUUAAGAGUUAAUAUGGUCAAACUUUUCAAAACUUACGGAGGACAAUGUCGUAUAGGAAAAGUCCAAGGUAGAUGUGAGGAUGCUACGUUUCAAACAGAUAUACCACCUACAUUUGGAAUAUUUGAUGGUGUUGGUUCAUGGAGUCUAGAAGGAAUAGAUGCAUCUAAAUUUUCCAUAGGUUUAUCAUUAGCUUGUCAAAGAGAAGCUGAAAAAUUAUCCAAAAAUUUAAAUGGUUAUGCAAAAGUAUCAUAUAAUACUAUAAUUAGAUCGAAGUUAUUAUUAAAAAAUUCAUUAGAAAGUGUAAAAAAAGAAUAUGCCGAUGCGUAUGGUAGUUCCACAGCCAUAGUAGGUAUAUUAGAUGAGUAUACCGGAAAGUGUGGUAUAUCGUCGCUAGGAGAUAGUGUAUGUAUGAUAUUGCGAAGAGAAUUUUUACCUGGUGAUAUCAAUUUUGAAAGGGAAACAUACCCAAAAUUUCCUGUUGAAUCCUUUUUAUAUUUUAAUACAAAAGGAAGAAAUCCUUCAAUUGUUCGAAAAAUUAUUUGGAAAACUACUGAUCAGAAAUGGGAGAACGGAGCACCAUAUCAAUUAUCAAAUUUACCGGACCGUAGUCAAUGGAAAGAUUUAGAAAAUAGAGGAUUACAUAGUUUUGUGAAAAUAUUAGAAAAGGUAGAUAUCGAUGGUGAUUCACCUGAUAUGGCAUUGUCACCACCUUCAGAAAUAUUAUGUAUGCCUGGAGAUUUAAUAUUAUUAAUGAGUGAUGGCGUUAGUGAUAAUUUAUUUGAUGAAGAAAUAGAAGCUUAUUGUACGUUUGCAAUAAGUCCAGAAGAAGCAUGUGAAUUAGGAGAUCCUAGUGUAUUUACACCUGCACAAGAUAUAGCGUAUUCAAUUACAAAUAUUGCUAAAAGAAGAAGUGGCGAUAAACUUCAUUGUAAACCAUUUUAUCCUUUUCUUGGAAAAUAUAGAGAACCUAAUAAAAUAUACAAAGGUAAUAAAGUAGAUGAUAUUUCUUGUGUAGCUAUAUGGGUUGUUUGUGAAACAGAAGAAAGUGUAAAGAAUUUUGCAACAAAUCCAACAGAACCAUCUAUACUAGAAACGGAUAAAUAUUAUUCGAAUAAUUAUUUUCAACAUUUUAAUAAAAUUACGGAUAUGUGUACACCAACUAAGACUUUCAUUAAAGAAAAAAAUAAAAUUGAUCGUGUCAAUUUACAGCAUGGAAAAAUUGAUUCCACACAAGGUUCAUUAUUAGAGGAUAAUUACUCGCAUUCGACAAGUCCAAAUAUGUCAAACCAAUUUACAGCUAACUUUUUCGAUUCUUCGGAAACACCUAUAAAAUUUAGUACAAUGGAUGAAAAUAAAUAUCAAGAUUUGAGUGAUAUUGUAUUGAAGGAUGUAGAUGAUGGGGAGGAGGAACAGGAGGAAGAAGCAGAAGAUGCGGACUGUCACAAUGUGAAUGAUGAUUCACGAAAUAGAAAAGCUUCAGAUCGACAUAACAGAAUUAAUGAGGCACAUGGAGAGGAAAGGUUUGAUGGGAAUUUUUGUAGUUCAGACAAAUUUGUUGAAGAUAUGGACCUGAUGAGAACUCCCAAUAGUAACAGUAUAAAAUCCCUAUUCAAAGAUCAAAUUUUUGAUCGUGAUGAUUUUGACCAUACACCUAAACAGCGAAUAACAGACGAACAUUUAGAUGAACAUAUAGAAAGAAUAAAUAAUAUGUAUAUAAAAACUCCAAUACUGCAUAUUGAUCAAACGUUUAAAGGGAAUAAAGGUAGUAUAAAACAAAAUAAAUCUACUAACAAAUGUAAAAUUAACAAAAAAACAGAACAAAAUAUAAUACAAAAUAUGAUGCAUUUUGAAACUCCGAAAAAGCAAAUUGUGAGGAUAAGGGAAAAAUCAAAUUUAGUUACAACUGUUAAUGACAGUACACUAAUGAAUUCAUUUAUAAAUAACGAAACACCCGUUAAAUCAUUUAGUUCUAAAGAUACAUCAUUAAAAGUAGAUAAAAAAAUUUCAAAGGCUAAAAGAAAAUCUUUAUUUAGUUCAGAUAAAAUUGAGUCACCAAACAAAAUAGGGCACACAAGAAAGCGCAACAAAAAAUCGUAG